AUGUCGCCACACGCUGUUACGUACCAACUUCCGCGCAUCAAGCUCACAGCCGAACUAGAAGAGUUCGCCGUGACGAGUAACGCUUUCUUGCCUGAGCACAGUCCCCUCAAGCAAUUACCGGAUUCUUACUAUGAGCCAUGGGAGCUUGUUAUUCAGCACCUUCCCGCGUUGAUAAAGUACUUUGAUAUAAGACGUGCUGUUGAUACGCUUCCUGUUCUGUCAACGGAGAGAUUACGCUCGGAGGCCGAGUGGAGGAGGGCUUAUUCUAUCUUGGCGUUCUUGACGCAUGCUUAUGUUUGGGGUGGAGAGAAGCCUGCGCAGGUUCUUCCCCCACAAAUCACUGUUCCCUUCCUCGCUGUCUCACAACACCUCGAACUCCCUCCCGUUCUCUCAUACGCCGCUGCAAACCUAUGGAACUUCUCCUCCUCAAGCAACGACUUCACUGAUCUCGACCACCUCGACACCUUACACACCUUCACCGGCACAGAAUCAGAAAAAUGGUUCCUCCUCAUCAGUGUCGCCAUGGAAGCGCGCGCAGGCACCAUCAUCCCCAAAAUGAUGGAAGCCCUCGAAGCCGUCAAGACACGCGACUACGACGUUAUAAUCUCUGCUCUCGAACAACUAAAGUCUUGCAUCGACAGCGUUGGCGUUUUGCUAGAGCGCAUGUAUGAGAAGUGUGAUCCUAUGACGUUCUACUACAAGAUUCGUCCGUUUUUAGCGGGGAGUAAGAACAUGGAGGCAGCGGGCCUGCCCAAAGGCGUGUUUUACGAUGAAGGCAAUGGAAAAGGCGAGUGGCGACAUCUUCGCGGUGGGAGUAACGGCCAAAGCUCCCUUAUCCAAUUCUUCGAUGUUGUGCUGGGCGUAGAGCACAUAACCAGCGGUAACAACACCGAAAAAGCGGGUGAACGAAGCUAUCACGACAUAGUAAAAGACUACAUGCCAGGUCCUCACCGCCGGUUCCUGACACAUGUUGCUCGCAAGGGCAGUAUCCGCGAACUAGCAUCGCAAACACCCAGCACACCAGCCCAAGAACGUCUUCAAGCUGCUUUCACGGCUGCGACAGAGGCGCUCACGGUGUUUAGGAACAAGCAUAUACAGAUUGUGACGCGGUAUAUUAUCCUGCCGGCGAGGAGCGGGAGGAAGGAUGGACCGCAGAAUCUGGCGAGUAGUUCGUCGAAGAAGAAUGGGGAGGAGUUGACGGGGACGGGGGGCACGACGCUUGUGCCGUUUUUGAAGCAGUCGAGGGAUGAGACUAGUGAGGCUGGACGGUUGGAGUAA